GGUGGAGGCCUCCGGUUACCCCAGGUCAGUGGGUAAACUGAGGCUUGGUAACAUGUGUCAGCCUGAGCGGUUGGACUCCCCCCCCGCAGACCCGGGGCUCAGAAACUCAAACUCAUGGUGAUGCUCCUGCCUCAGCCUCCUGAAUGCUGGGACUGGCUGCAACUGCUUUCUAAGUGUUUAUUGAGCACCUACUGUAUGCUGGGCCUUCUGAGGCACUGGGGACAACAUCAUAGCGGCCUCCUCUAGGCCCUUGGGGACAACAGUUCCGUGGGGCAGAUAGACACUUCAGAUGAGAUAAUGUAGGCACUCCUGGAGGAGCACGGGCUCUGUGGGGCAGAGAUAUUUGCCCACCGUGUCAGGGAUAGCUUGAUUCACAACAGCCGAGAGGCAGAGACAACCCACUGAGCCGACCAGACACACCGGGGCACCAGGGUGCAACCCUGACAUCCCAGAACUCUGGGAGGCUGAGAGAGGAAGACCGCAGUUUCAAGCCAGCUUGGAAAAUGUGACUUAGUGAGACCCUGUCUCAAGAUGAAAAAGGAAUGGGCUCGUUGCUUUGCUGGUACAAAGGCCUGAGUCCUAUCCCAGUGCUCAAGAGAAAAAAGAAAAGGCCGCAGAGGCAGAUGGUGCCAGGCAGAGGCCCGGGCAGAAGGGCAGCAGCACGGGGUGCAGGCCGCUGUGGGAGGCUCAGGCUGGCCCGGGCUCUGGGAUCACAGUGACCCCGGGAGGCCGCGGGGCAGGGCAGGGACGGGGAGGAAACUCCUAGGGAAGCCAGGCAUGUGGGGUCCGGGCGUCCGCUGAGUCACAAGUCCAGGAAGCCCAGGGUCAGGUGACGCAGCCAAGGGUCCCUUUCGGCCCUUCCUGUUUUUUGGCCUUGAAAGCUCCUCAGCAAGCAAUGCAGGGCCCAGGGCCCAUGUUCCCGAAUCAUCCUCACCUGGCAGGGCCGUGGGAUUUUGGAGCCACCCAGAUAGUGCGGGGCUCAGAGGUGACCCGCUGCUCAGAUGGGGAAACCGAGGCACGGUCCCGCCAGAGACUUCCCAGAACAGCAGCCCUGCAGAGAUUCUCAGGAGGAGCUUUUCCUUUCUGUUGUCACCUCCUGCCACCUGGCCCUCGCCAUGCCGACCCCGGGAGCGCCCCCUCCCUGCCCGGCCCUGCUGCUCCUUCUGCUGCUACUGGGGGGCACCCGCGGCCUUUUCCCUGAAGAACCGCCGCCGCUCAGCGUGGCCCCCAGGGACUACCUGAAAUUCUACCCCGUGUUCGUGGGCGGGGGACCCGGGCGCCUGGGCCCUGCAGAGCCCGCUGAGGACCUGAACAUCCAGCGCGUGCUGCGGGUCAACAGGACGCUCUUCAUCGGGGACAGGGAUAAUCUGUACCGCGUGGAGCUGGAGCCCCCCACGUCCACGGAGCUGCGGUACCAGCGGAAGCUGACGUGGCGCUCCAACCCCAGCGACAUAGACGUGUGUCGGAUGAAGGGCAAACAGGAGGGCGAGUGUCGGAACUUCGUCAAGGUCCUGCUGCUUCGCGACGAGUCCACGCUGUUCGUGUGCGGUUCCAACGCCUUCAGCCCCGUGUGCGCCAAUUACAGCAUGGACACACUGCAGCCCGUCGGGGACAACAUCAGCGGCAUGGCCCGCUGCCCCUAUGACCCCAAGCACGCCAACGUCGCCCUCUUCUCUGACGGGAUGCUCUUCACGGCCACCGUGACUGACUUCCUGGCCAUUGAUGCUGUCAUCUACCGCAGCCUCGGGGACCGGCCCACCCUGCGCACCGUGAAACAUGACUCCAAGUGGUUCAAAGGUGGGGGACCUGGAGGAAGGGAGCGUAAAAAUGACCAAGACGAGAUGUGCGUAUGUACCAGUGCCCAAUCUGUGGUGGUGUCGCGCGUGGCCCGGGUGUGCAAGAAUGACGUGGGCGGCUCCCCGCGCGUGCUGGAGAAGCAGUGGACGUCCUUUCUGAAGGCGCGGCUCAACUGCUCCGUGCCCGGGGACUCCCACUUCUACUUCAACGUGCUGCAGGCCGUCAGCGGCGUGGUCAGCCUGGGCGGCCGCCCCGUCAUCCUGGCCGUCUUCUCCACACCCAGCAACAGCAUCCCGGGCUCCGCUGUGUGCGCCUUCGACAUGAGGCAGGUGGCCGCCGUGUUCGAAGGCCGCUUCCGCGAGCAGAAGGGCGCCGGCCCCUGGGGCAACCAGACCGUGGUCUUCCUGGGCUCUGAGGUGGGCACUGUGCUCAAGUUCCUCGUCAGGCCCAACGCCAGCGUCACAGGCACCUCUGGGCCCAGCGUUUUCCUGGAGGAGUUUGAGACCUACCGACCUGACAGGUGUGGACGACCUGGUGGUGGCGGCGAGACAGGGCAGCGGCUGCUGAGCCUGGAGCUGGACGCGGCCUCGGGUGGCCUGCUAGCAGCCUUCCCCCGAUGCGUGGUCCGAGUGCCUGUGGCCCGCUGCCAGCAGUACUCGGGAUGCAUGAAGAACUGCAUCGGCAGCCAGGAUCCCUACUGUGGCUGGGCCCCUGACGGCUCCUGCAUCUUCCUGAGCCCAGGAACCAGAGCCGCCUUUGAGCAGGAUGUGUCCGGUGCCAGCACCUCAGGCUUAGGGGACUGUACAGGCCUCCUGCGUGCCAGCCUCUCGGAAGAGCGCCCUGAGUUAAAUCCCAGAACUGCCGGGGGUCCCCGUGCUCGGGGGUGA